AUGGCAGCUCCAAUCGAAAGCAGCCAGGCUAAAACGGGUACUGUUAAGCGCCCCUUAAUACGUCUCGAUCCAAACGGAGUCCUGCAUCUUGGGGCUGACGGUGUUCUGCGUUCACUCAACGCCGACCGCACCGCCGUGCUGGACUACCGCCGCCUGUCGCCCGGGGAGAUAAAUGAGCUUACUUCUAGCUUCGACCAAGCCACUGUGGAUGCGCUUGCUGGCGUCGAUGGUCGCGAUGUUAUCGAUGUUGAACAGCUCUGGGCUGUCCCAUCUGUGAAAACAGUGAUUACUGACGUUGCAGAGCGGUUGGCUGUUCUCGAUAUGAAAGUAACUGGAACACAUGCCGACGUACAUCCACCUUGGCGCCGCGAUCCGAACGGAGUCUCGCAUCUUGGGGCUGACGGUGUUCUGCGUUCACUCAACGCCGACCGCACCGCCGUGCUGGACUACCGCCGCCUGUCGCCCGAGGAGGCACAGAACUUUGCGUCUGGCUUCGACCAAGCCACUGUGGAUGCGCUUGCUGGCGUCGAUGGUCGCGAUGUUAUCGAUGUUGAACAGCUCUGGGCUGUCCCAUCCGUCAAGUCUGUAGCAGACGAGUCAUUGUUUUACAAGCCUGCCAAAUGA